AUGGAGUGGGUCAAUGAGACCUUGGUGAGAGAGUUUGUCUUCCUCGGCUUCUCAUCUCUGGCUGGGCUGCAGCGGCUGCUGUUCGUUGUCUUCCUGCUCGUCUACAUGUUCACCCUGGGCACCAAUGCCAUCAUCAUUUCCACCAUUGUGCUGGAAAGAGCCCUCCACACCCCUAUGUACUUCUUCCUUGCUGGACUCUCCUGCUCUGAGACUUGCUACACCUUCGUCAUUGUACCCAAGAUGCUGGUUGACCUGCUAGCACAGAAGACCAUCUCCUUCUUGGGGUGUUCUAUCCAGAUGUUUUCCUUCCUCUUCUUAGGUUGCUCGCACUCCUUCCUGCUGGCAGCCAUGGGUUAUGAUCGCUAUGUGGCCAUCUGUAACCCUCUGCGGUACACAGUGCUCAUGGGACAUGGGAUGUGUGUGGGACUUGUGGCUGUUGCCUGUCUCUGUGGUUUUACUAUUGCAGAGAUCAUCAUAUCCUUGGUAUUUCACCUGCCCUUUCACUCCUCCAACCAACUACACCACUUCUUCUGUGACAUUUCUCCUGUUCUCAAGGUGGCAUCCCACCAUACCCACUUUAGUCAGUUUGUCAUUAUCAUGCUCUGUGCAUUGGUCCUGGUUAUCCCCCUGUUAUUGAUUUUGGUAUCCUAUAUUCACAUCAUCUCUGCUAUACUCCAGUUUCCUUCCACAUUAGGCAGGUACAAAGCUUUUUCCACCUGUGCUUCUCACCUCAUUAUUGUCAUUGUCCAUUAUGGCUGUGCCUCCUUUAUCUACUUAAGGCCUAAGUCCAACUACUCCUCAAGCCAGGAUGCUCUCAUAUCAGUAUCCUACACUAUCCUAACUCCAUUGUUCAAUCCUAUGAUUUACAGCUUGAGAAAUAAAGAGUUCAAAUCAGCUCUUCAAAGAGUUGUGGGAAGAACAAUUUCUCUGCCACGACAUUAA